GGGCAGAACUACGGUUACCCAUGGAGAAGGAACGUCUUCUUCUAGUUAAUAAGGCUUACAACAAAACUAUAUUGGAGGAGGAAUUACUACAAUUUUUUGAACAGUGGGCUAGUCAAGCAACUUUGUCAGAAAGAAGACAACUGUUUAAAAAGUUAAAGUCGCUUAUACUUCCGAGUACUAAGCUUUUGGGUUGUUUACCCUCAGAAUUGGUCAAGUUAGUAGUUAAGCACUUGGAUCCCGAAAGUGUUUAUUCUUGUUUAUUAGUUAAUAAAAGUUGGAAUCAACUUAUUGUAACAGCGAAUUUUGUUUGGCGAUGCUUGUGCAUUUCUAAAGGUUGGAGUUCAAAAGCAGCUGCGGACCAGAAUACAGAGCUAUCCAGAACUGACUGGAAAGCUAUAUAUUUCGAGCGUAAAAGAAUUGAAAAUAAUUGGAAAGGGGGGAAAGCCAAAGUUCAUAGUUUGGAAGGGCACGCUAAAGCUGUUUAUACCGUUCAUAUUUAUGAAGAUUUUAUUGUGUCUGGUUCUAAAGAUCACUCAGUUAAACUAUGGAGCUUAACAAAAAAGAAAGAACUAUACACUUUUAACGGUCACACGGGAUCCGUUUUAUGCGCUCAAGUGCUUCAUGAUCGAGUUUUAAGGCGCUUUUACUAUUUUUUUCGACUUCACAGUUACAUUUAUUGAUUUAUAUUAGUUCCUCCAGUGACUCAACUAUCAGAGUUUGGUCUUUACAAACUUUUUCCCUCACAUCGACCCUCGGGCCUCGCACCGGUCACAUUAAUGCCGUGUUACACUUUAAGGCGGAUGCUGGACGGCUAGUGAGCUGCUCGAAGGACAGAUCCAUCAAGAUUUGGGUGCCCUGUCAUCCCAAAAGAACACUUGAGGAUUGUGAUUGUUUGCAUAAAUACAAGUUGGUUCAUACUCUUGUCGGCCAUGAGAGUUCUGUGAAUAUGGUUCAAUUUAACGAAAAAUUUGUUUUUUCUGCCUCUUCCGCUAGAACAGAGGCCAUCAAAAUAUGGAAUAUCGAAACAGGGGAAUAUUUAGCAUCUUUGCCGUCAAGCGGGGUGACUUGUCUGUGCUUAACGGGUUCCUUUCUUUACGCGGGAGGUUCAUUAGAAAACUCGAUAAAAUGCUGGAACAUGGACACUGGACUCUCUUCUGGGUGGUCAAAUGAUACUCCUCACACAAUGCUGAUUCGUUGCUUAAAAGCUUUUGAUAACUAUGUUAUAUCUGGAUCUUAUGACAAAACUAUUAAGAUAUGGCAAAAGAGGACUGGAACUUUGUUGGCCACUUUAAAUAUUGGAUCACGUGUGUUAAAAGUAGACUUUGACGAAAAUGUGCUGGUAUCUGGGACUGAAGGGCCGAAUAUUAAGAUGUACGACUUUACUUCGUUAAACUAUUAAACUCGAAAACCU